GGCCUGGGCCUGGGCCUGGGCAGCGGGGCAGGAGGGCUGCUGAGAGUCGAGGCUGGGGCUCACGUAGGCGGGGGAGUUCCGAGGAGACCGUGUGCUGGGGGAGGGUGAGGCGUGGGGGGCGCUGGGACCCCCGUAGGCCUCUGCUGUGAGGUGGUGAGGUGGAGUUGGGCCAUGCUGCGAAAGGCGGAGUGGUGCUACUGAGGCCUGGGCCCCGGGGGCUGUGUGCAGGUGGAUCUCUAUUCCUGUCAGUGAUAAAUAAUAAAACACCGCUUCCCUUCCGUGCGUGGCCUCAGGCAGCACUUAUGUCGAGCCGCGGCCUAUUUUGCUGGAUGUGUACGUGGCAGCCUGUUGUGUUUUCACAGUGUCCCAGCUUCUUUUUGAGGAGCAAAAUAUCUGCUGUAUAUUUGGGCCUGUGCUUGCGUGCUUCCUCCCCACAGAGGCCAGGAGUUCGAAUCGUUACCCACAGAUAGAAUUUUGUUGUUGUUAAUUAGAUAAUGAGAUGCAGAGCUGUGCUCCUCUUGGUUUUCAGAUGAGGUUUUGCCUGCUUGGAGCUGACCUGAAUGGCCACAGGAGGCACAGAGCAGGAUCUGUCCCCAGCAGCAUGCCUGCACUCAGUGAGCGCUAAUGGAGCCUUCACUGCAGCCACGUGUGGAAAUCAGGUCUGCGAGUCAGUGAGGCUGGCAAUGAUUAAACCCUUCAGCACCUCAUGCAGGGUUUUCUGGGACCGUUUUGCUGCAUGCGGUGCCUCUCAUUGCUGACCUGGUUUGCCCUUGUGCUAUGGGCUGAAGUGGGAGUGUGAGGAUGGCUCUGGGAUCUGGCCCCUUUGAUGUGGUAUCACCUGCUAAAUUCUCCCCCCAAAUGACCUGUUUUCUGCUGCCUGACUGCGUGGAUAUCGGCAGAGGUACGGCCAUUCCUGAGGCUGCACUCCCCUCUGCUGGAAAGCCACAACCUCACAGUUGAUCCUGCUCAAGAGGAGGCUUCACCCGGGAGAAAGCCCCGAGUCCAGCAGGGCAGUGCAGCGCUUGGAAUCCUGCAGGCACAGCCUGGAUGUGCACAGUGACUUCAGUGUCCCCUAAACAUGUACUGGUGGCGGUGUGGGGGGAUGGUGAGGACAGUGAGGGUCCCCUGAGGACACUGUUCUGGGUGCAUGGAACUGCUCUGAGUCCCUGCUUUGUGCAGGCAUUGUCGCCAUCGCUGCAGCUGCAGUGAUGAGAAGUGGCUUCCCCCAGGCUCAGCCACAGGUCUGAGCCAAUGGCUCUGGCUGGGGAGCAGAUCAAACUGUGGUUGGUGUUGGUGGAGGAGCAGUCCUUCGCCCAGCAAUAGCUGGGGAUCACAAAAAUUAACUAAUUUGAAGCUCACGUGGCCCCCUUGCUGGUGCAAGUGCACUGUUCCCAGCUUUGAGAAGAGCUUCAGUGCUUUUCCCCUCCCUCCCUGUGGGUGAAGUGACUGAUUGCGGUCACGUUGAGCCGAGUUCCCAGCGAGCUGUGUGACUUCCCUGCCUCUGACAAGCGUUCCCUGCCUGCGGCAGCCCCGGACUCUGCGCACACGGGGACAAUGCAGGAGGGUUUGGGUGCUCAGGGUGCAGCCUGGCACGUCAGCAGUGCUGGCCCCGAGCUCCCUGAGCUGGAUGUGGCCAUGUGGGGCUCAAAUGCAUGGGUUGCGGUGUGAGGCUGCUGAGCUCUGGUUGUAUCCACACCCUGAUGCUUGUAGGAUUGCAUCCUGGCUGUGCUGUGCAGCCUGGUGCCUUCAACCUCUUUUUUUCCUCAGCUGUCUUACUUCCCAUGGGGCGAGCUGCUCUCCCCCAUCAUCUGAAAAUUGCUGCUCAGCAGCUUUUGCAUCCUGCUUAGCUGCAAGGGAUGUGGGAGGAAUUGAGGGAUGGGACAGCCCUGGCUGAGCCUUGAACCUGGGAGGCAGCCAUGAGGCCACAAGCAAUCCUUCUGCCCAGCACCUCGAGCAUCCUCAUCUGAAGGUGCCCUGGGAGCAGGCCUGCCAUUAACAUCCCUUCGGGGGCACAUUAAUUAUUUUGCUGGAGGUGCAGAGCAGCCAGCAGCCUUCCCUAAUGCUCGGCUCAGCCGAAAGACAGACGCAGUGUUGAGGCUGUUUCUCUUUUUGUCCUUGGCUGGUUGGAGGCUUGAAAUAAAUGCGGUGGCUGAGGUGCUGAUGGCUGACACCCAAUGUGGGGCUGUGAUGGGUUGGGGGGGAGGAUUCCUACUCUGCAUCCCCUCCCGUGCUGAUUUCUUCACCCAGAGAAGCUCAGCCCAGCUGGGUGUGGGAUGUGCCCAGGAAAAAGGGUUGAAAGAACCUCAUAAACAGGAAUGGGAGCAACUUUGGACGUGAUCUGGUAGUGAUGGGAUGAGAGGGAAUGGCUUUGAAUGAAAAGAGGCGGAAGUUGGGGCUAGGGAGUUUUGGGGUCAAUUUAGGCUUCCUGCUGUGGUUCUAUGAAUAUUGCAGAGCUGCCCUUUGGUGGGGACCAGGGGCAGGGAUUCGCUGAGUGCCACCAGCAUUAAUUGGGUCACGGCUUGUUAAUUGGAGCACUGCUCAUUGAUUGGGGUACCAAGGAUGCUGAGAGCCCAGGGGUCUCAACCACGCCUCCCCCCCCCCAUCAUGCAGUGCAGGUCCCGCACACCCGCUCGUUUCCCACGAGCUAAUUAAGAGGCGCGCAGCGCUCCACGAUGCUUGGCUGCCUACGGAUUGCAGUGAGCGGCAGCUUUGCUCCUCCUCCCCAUCUCUGCCGCCGCUGACUCUGCCCACCGGAGCUGCACAGAGCAGGAAUGGAGGGGGACUUGGCCAGGAGCGCAGCCCGGCUGCCCGCGCUGCUGCUGGCGCUGCUCGGCUUCGCGCCAGAGCUCCUGUUUGGCCAGGUGCGGGCGCAGCCCCAGCAGGUGUCUGGCGUCCUGGGGGGCUCGGUGCUGCUCUCCCCGGUGCUGCCCCCUGGCAGCAGGGUGAAGGAGAUCGAGUGGAGCUUCUCCUCUGGUGCCGGUGCCACCAUCCAGGUGGCUGAAUUUGGCCCAGGGGGCUUCGAGCGCCCUGACCCCCAGGACCGCUUCAAGCAACGCCUGGAGAUGCCCAACGCCACAGCGCUGAGGAUCGGGACCCUGGAGCUGGGAGACAGCGGGGUCUAUGGGGCACGGAUCAAACUGCACCCGGCGCUGGUGGAGGACCAAUCCUUCAACCUCUCUGUCUACGAGUCGGUGCCGAGGCCCCGGACCCACAGCCAACUGCUGGCCAGCACCCUGGAGUGGUGCAACCUGACCUUGCAGUGCCAGGGCACUGGCAAAGGGGCCGUCAACGUCACCUGGAGGAGGGACAACGGCCGGCAGGAGCUGGGCACGGACCGCUCGCAGCUGUCCCCGGAUGGCACCACGCUGCGCCUGGCCCUGCAGCCUGGCACCGCCAACGCCACCUACACCUGCACUGUCAGCAACCCUGCUGACCAGAAGGUCGUCCCUUUCGACCUGCAGAGCAUCUGCCGCAGCGGAGGAGGACAGGUGUCCUUCUCCAAGUCGGGGUACAUCGUCCUCACCCUCAUCCUGCUGGCUGUCAGCCUUGGCGGAGCCUUCUGGUGCUGGCGGCUCAACAGCGAGAAGUCAGCAGAUCCAGCUGCCACCCCCACAGCACCGGCAGAGGAGAGCCCCCCAGAGCCGCAGUACACCGAGAUCGUGCACCGCAGCCCCCCGGAAGGUAAUGACCAGGGCCUACGUCCCCCUGAAAACAACCCAGAGCCGACCUCAACGGAGAAAGCACCGGGCAGCACCGUGUAUGAGCAGAUCCACCAGGAGCCAGAGGACACGGCCGAGGAGGUGACAUAGGCCCUCAGGCGCCGACAGCGCUGGAGCAUCAGGAUGUAACUGAAGGGCUGUAACGUGCAUUGUGUGCCAAACCCGACCCCUCUCCAGCCCCU